AAAUGUUUCAGUCAUAGAAUCAGGAAUAAACCAAAAGGAGGAAAACAGACAAAUCCGAAGAAAAUGUAAGAGAAAAAUUCAUUCUCUCUCCUCCUUCUUCGUCACAGAGAAAGUUCCGAUUGUGUUUCUAUUCUUGUGAGCGAAUCUCUCACUGAUUGUGUUUCUAUUCUUGUGAGCAAAUCUCUCGAUCUCCACAUUCUUCUCUGGUGCACACUCUUCCCCAAAUACCUGACAACCGCCCCGUCAUUUGAGUUGAUGGUUUUGGAAGUGUUUUUGGGAGGUACCCGUGGCGAAUUGUUGCUGUGAGGGAUACUUGGAAUCUCUGGAUUUUUUUUUUUCAUUCAGCAAGUGAUCUGGAAUUAAAUUAGAGAAAAUUUUGUGGUGUGUUUGUUCGUUUGUAAAAGUAUGAGUCAGGGUUAAGAUUCUGUAGAAUUGUGUAGUUAUGAUGUUCCCAAUCGUAUUCAGUGUGAAAAUGAGUUGGUAUUUUUUUGGUAUUUUUUGGGAGUUUGAAGAAUAAUUGAAGAAUUAGAAGGAAAAAAGAAGAGAGAAUAAUUUGAGGCCCUCGCUCUAGACAUUGGAUGGGUAAUAAGCUGGGGAGAAGAAGACAAGUGGUGGAUGAGAGAUAUACAAGGCCGCAAGGGUUGUAUUUUCAUAAAGAUGUGGAUAUUAAGAAGCUUAGAAAGCUAAUACUUGAAUCAAAGCUUGCUCCAUGCUAUCCUGGUGAUGAAGAAUGCCAUUGUGAUCUUGAAGAGUGCCCAAUUUGCUUUUUGUGUUAUCCUAGUCUCAACAGAUCAAUGUGUUGCAUGAAAGGCAUUUGUACGGAGUGUUUUUUGCAGAUGAAGAAUCCAAAUUCCACCCAUCCUACACAAUGUCCUUUCUGUAAAACUGCAAAUUAUGCUGUAGAGUAUCGAGGCAUAAAAACAAAGGAAGAAAGGGGCAUGGAUCAAAUUGAAGAACAACGUGUAAUAGAGGCCAAAAUUAGAAUGAGACAACAAGAACUUCAGGAUGAAGAAGAGAGAAUGCACAGAAGACUAGAAUUGAGUUCUUCAAGAAUUCCUGUUGCACUGGGGGAGGUUCCAUACAGCUCAGCAGCCGCUCAAUGCUCUGGGGGACCUGUUGAAUAUGAAGAGGAAGUUUCUUCUCACAAUUCACGAGCUGCCUCAAUGAUAAGACAGCGAUCAAGCCCUAGAGCAAACAGGGAUGAUGAGUUUGAUUUGGAUCUUGAGGACAUUAUGGUCAUGGAAGCAAUCUGGCUUUCCAUUCAGGAUAACAGCAGACAGAGAAAUCCAGCUUAUAGAGAUGCUACUUCUUCUGAAGAGUUUGUUGCUGACAGCUGCUAUGUUUUUCCAGUCAUGGCCCCAAUGGCUAGUUCAUCUUCCCCUUCUGGUGGUCUUGCCUGUGCAAUAGCUGCCCUUGCUGAACGUCAGCAAAUGGGCAGGGAAACUUCUUUUAAUAACCCUAACGGAAAUGUGUCAGCCUUCACUAUACUUCCUGUCAGCAGUAGGUUUUACAACAGGGUGGCACCAGAAGCAGAGAACUAUCAUCCAGCAGGGAGCUCAAUUGACAUGCCAGCCGAUUGUAGUAUUGCACCAGCAAGGGAUGAAGGUGAAUGGGGUGUAGAUCCUGCAUCAGACGUUGCUGAAGCAGGGACAAGCUAUGCAAGCUCGGAUGUGACAGAAGGUUCUGGUGAAAUUUCUGUGGUGCCACAACCAGCUGAAAUUGGGGGCCCUAUUCAAAAUAUCCCUGGAAUCGUGCCAGAGAGUUUUGAGGAGCAGAUGAUGCUGGCAAUGGCCGUAUCUCUUGCUGAAGCUCAAGUUGUGACUAGUGGGCCAGGCGUUCCAUGGCAAUAGAUUUAUGGCAUAGCUACAAAUGGUUGUUUUUCUCAAACAAAUGUCAAUGGCCACUGGGUAGUCAGCCAACCGGGCUUUGACAAAUCGUCAAAUAGAUGCACGCCAACUAUAUAAAGGUGAUGGUAAUGAUGAUCACUUUUCCACACACUCUAAUUCCAUAUAGAGAUAUUAAACAUAGCAGAUUAUU